AUGUCUAAGCAGUUUGUUCGUUCUGCAAAGAACAUGAUGAAAGGCUACUCGUCCACACAAGUGCUCGUGAGAGAUGCUACAGCGAACGACUCAAGGACUCCUUCGAUAGAUACUCUUGAUGAUUUGGCACAAAGAUCUUACGAUUCAGUGGACUUCUUCGAGAUCAUGGAUAUGCUGGACAAGAGGUUGAACGAUAAGGGCAAAUACUGGAGACACGUGGCCAAAUCCUUGACCGUUUUGGAUUAUCUUGUUCGUUUUGGCAGUGAGAAUUGUGUGCUGUGGUGCAGAGAGAAUUUUUAUGUAAUAAAGACAUUGAGGGAGUUCAGACACGAAAAUGAGUCUGGAUUUGAUGAAGGACAAAUAAUCAGAGUGAAGGCCAAAGAACUGGUCUCUUUGUUGAACGAUGAUGAAAGGUUGCGUGAGGAAAGAUCUAUGAAUACAAGAAACAGAAGAGACCGCAGUGCUGCAAGACCAAGGCCAAGAAGACAAAGAACAAGGAGUAACCCACACGAUUCUUCUCCUUCCUAUCAGAAUGAUUUAGAAAAGGCUCUGGAAGAAAGCAGAAUUACCGCUCAAGAAGAUGAACAACGCAGAAGGGAAUUGGCUCAGUACGACGAUGAAGAUCCUGAUUUCCAAGCAGCUUUACAACUGAGUAAAGAAGAAGAGGAAUUGAAGCAAUUACAAGAACUACAAAGGUUACAGAAUCAACAACAAUCCUUGUCUCAAAUGCAAGUUCCUGUACAACAACAGCAAGAGCAACCAGCAUACUACGAUAUUUUUGGUAAUCCAAUAUCUCAAGAUGAAUACUUACAGUAUCAAUAUCAACAAGAUCAGGAGCAAGCAAUGGCACAGCAAAGAUGGUUGGACCAGCAGCAGGAACAGCAGCAGUUGGCCGAACAACAGUAUUUCCAGCAGCAGCAACAAGCAGCAGCAGUUGCUGCUACGAAUGCCAUGGAACAACAGCAUACAGCAGCUAAUAUGCAACAACAACAACAGCCCGUCGACUUCCAACAACCUUUGCCAACGGGUUCCAAUAAUCCAUUUUCCAUGGAUAAUCUUGAAAGACAAAAGCAAGAACAACAACAUGCCCAAUUGCAGAGACAACAGGAAGAAGCCAGGCAACAACAGGAACAAUUGAAACUGCAACAACUACAAAGACAGCAGCAAGAAGAAGCGCAACUUCAACAGAGAAGACAACAGGAAGAAUCUCAUUUGCAACAGCAACAAGCUCAAUUGCAAUUGCAGCAGCAACAGACUCAGUUUCAACAGCAACCUUUGAAACAAACAAGAACAGGAAAUCAAUCUAUUUCGGAUAAAUACAACGACUUAAAUACGUUGUUGGCAACUGGUACAGGGACAGAUACUUUCGGUAACACCGGAGAAGCACGUAUCCCUGCUCAACACACCAAGACAGGCACUUUCAUAAAUUCUCAAGGUACAGGGUAUAAACAGGUUAUAAAUGAACCCAAGAAUAAUCCUUUCCUAAGCAACCAGUACACCGGUUUACCAAGCACCAAUAUCGUUCCCACACAAACGGGUUAUGGAUUUGGCAAUCAACCUCAAAGCCCUCCCGCUAACUCUCCUCCACAAAAUUCUAUUAAUGUAAGCUACUCUCAAUCACAGCAACAACCACAAUACACCCAGGGCUAUCAACAACAACAACAACAGCCACAAUACGCUCAAAAUAUCCAGCAACAACCACAAUACGCUCAAAAUAUCCAGCAACAACCGCAAUAUACCCAAAACUAUCACCAGGGUUCCUCACAGCAGCAGCAGCAGCAGCAGCAGCAACAACAGGGAUAUGCUCCUGACCAAGGUAUAAGCUUGAUUGAUCUUUGA